GAUCACCACCACAGCAGCUCCCUCGCAAUAACUCAAGCAUUAUGGCAAAGUUCAACAUCUUCCUCAUGUGUCUGCUGCUGGCCACCAUGACCCUAGCGGCAGCUGCUGCUUCUGUGGAGGUCAAACAAAUAUCCCCUAAAGGAGAAGAUAAUACGUAUCCACCUGAAAAUACCGACAAUUUGCCACCAGAACAAUCACCCGAGGGCAAGUUCUUGGAUGCAUGCGUGCAGCAUUUCACGAGGGAGUGUGGGACAGAGAUCUUCGCGAACAUGUUCGCGGAUAAUUAUCAUCCUGUGUCAGACAAGUGUUGCAGCGAGCUUGUGGCUGCUGGAGAAACUUGCCACAUUACCAUGGUGAAGGUAUUGUUCGCGGUGCCUGAUUUCAAGUCAAAGGCAUCUUCGGGUAUCCCCAGAAGCAAGCAAAUAUGGAAUGAAUGUGCCUCGAUCGUUUCUGAGGAAUCUCCCUCUCCAUUGCCAAUCCCCUUUGAAGCUUAAUUAAACUUCUAUGUUACUUCUCCAAUAUAUAUAAUAAUAUACGAAAUAAUUUAUUGAUCAGCUGAAUUUUAAAGAUCAAAUGCACUCCUGCUGCAAUAUUAAUCAUCGUAUAGAAUAAAUUAGUAUUGAUUUA